GCCAGUCUCGAGGCUGAGGCGUGGGGAUGGCUUUCCGCGGCAAGAGACCGGAGCACGGCGGGCCCCCCGAGCUGUUUUACGACAAGAAUGAAGCCCGGAAAUACGUGCGCAACUCACGGAUGAUAGAUGUCCAGACCAAGAUGGCUGGGCGAGCUUUGGAGCUUCUCUAUCUGCCUGAGGGUCAGCCCUGUUACCUUUUGGAUAUUGGCUGUGGUUCUGGGCUGAGUGGAGAUUAUCUUUCGGAUGAAGGGCACUAUUGGGUGGGCAUCGACAUCAGCCCUGCCAUGCUGGAUGCGGCCUUGGACCGGGACACUGAGGGAGACCUGCUUCUGGGGGACAUGGGCCAGGGCAUCCCCUUCAAACCAGGCUCCUUUGAUGGUUGUGUCAGCAUUUCUGCUAUACAGUGGCUCUGUAACGCAAACAAGAAGUCUGACAUCCCUGCCAAGCGUCUGUACUGCUUCUUUUCUUCUCUUUACUCUGUGCUGGUCCGUGGAGCCCGUGCUGUCCUGCAACUGUACCCUGAGAACUCAGAGCAGUUGGAGCUGAUCACAACCCAGGCCACCAAGGCUGGCUUCACGGGUGGCGUGGUGGUGGACUUCCCCAACAGCGCCAAGGCCAAGAAGUUCUACCUCUGCUUGUUUUCUGGGCCUUCAACCUUUCUGCCAAAGCCCCUGAAUGAGAGUAACGACGACGACGAGGAGGUCCAGGAGUCCGAGUUCACGAGGGAGAGACAGGGUGGCUCUCCACUCUCACGAGGUCUCUCAGGUCCAGGGCGGUGUCUCCCGCGCAGGGUCCUGUACAGGAUGGCGAGGCGCGGGAUCGUGAGGAAGAGCCGCGAGUGGGUGCUAGGGAAGAAGGCACGGCGCAGGCGGCAGGGCGAGGACGUCAGACCGGACACCCGGUACACCGGCCGCAAGCGCAGGCCCCGCUUCUGAGCGGUGAGCCGGACAUGUUUGGAGGCCCAGCGACAAGCCUUGUCACCCACCUUGUCGCCCGCCGGGGGUUCUGUCGAAGUGCCUAGUUCCGUUAGCUGACAGAAUACUGUUUCAGGAAAGUUCUCAAGUUCUAACCAUUUCCCUUCACUAACAAAAGUUCUUGUUCUAAAAGCAAUAAACCACUUUUUGUGAA